GUCCUGUUAGUGUUGGUUGUACGCCGUAAAUUGAAUUAUGAUCUUGUUUUUUAAAUUAAUUCUUUAUUAAUAAUAAUGUGCUUUAAAGCUAUUUAACAUAGGCACUCAAGCAACAAAGUAUUUCAACUAGAUUUACCGUGUCGAAAACUACUAAAAUGUUCAACUACAAAUAUCUCACUCGGGAACAUCUCGAGGGGUUCGAUAAUUAUAAGUAUAUGGCUAUUGACACGAGCCCUCUCAGUGUAUAUGUAAUGCAUCCAUUUUGGAACAAGGUUGUAGAGCUAGUACCCAAAUGGGUUGCACCGAACGUAUUGACCUUCGCUGGGUUCCUCCUGACUGUACUCGAUUUCUUGCUCCUCUCGUACUAUGACUACGAUUACUACGCGGCGAGUACGCCAUUGCUAAACGCCACUAAUGUAGAUCACCAACUCAAUGGUCACGCUGAAAUAAUACCCAGGCAUCUGUGGUAUGUCCUUGCUGUGUUCCUAUUCCUUGCGUACACGCUUGAUGGUAUUGACGGCAAACAAGCCAGACGCACACAGACUUCUGGCCCGCUCGGGGAGUUAUUCGACCACGGCCUGGAUUCAUACUCGGUUUUCUUUAUUCCUGCGUGCCUUUAUUCCAUAUUUGGCAGAGAAGACUUCUCCAUUCCGCCUAUUAGGAUAUAUUUUGUUAUGUGGAAUCUUCUUCUCAACUUUUAUAUCAGCCAUUGGGAGAAGUACAAUACUGGUGUUCUGUUCCUGCCGUGGGGUUAUGACUUCAGUAUGUGGGCUUCCACGUUCUGUUUUCUGUGGACGGGCAUGAAAGGGACUGCCUUCUACAAGCAGUACAUAUUCGGUGGAUACACGCUGGCCAAUGUUUUCGAGUUUCUUAUUUACGGUACUGGGGUAUUCACCAAUCUGCCAGUGGCUAUUUACAAUAUAUACAGGUCAUACAAAUUAAAGACUGGCAAGAUGCGUUCCCCGCUAGAAGCGCUGAGACCACUCUGGUCGUUCCUGACUGUGUUCGUAGUGUGUACGGUAUGGGUUCAGAAAUCAACCCGGCUGCCCGAUUAUGACUUGAGAGCUCUAUUCCUACUCAUCGGGACAGUGUUCAGUAAUGUGGCUUGUCGUCUCAUAGUCAGUCAGAUGAGUAACCAGAGAUGUGAAGCGGUCUCGUGGCUUCUUUGGCCUUUGACCUUCGCCGCGUCUUUGUCACUCCUGUUUCCGCAAUACGAAGUGGCUGCCUUCUAUUUCGUCACUGUUCUAUCGGUGCUGGCGCAUUUACACUACGGAUCGUGUGUGGUAAGACAGAUGUGCGACCACUUCAGAAUACGUUGUUUCCUAAUAAAGCAACGUUCAGAUUGACUCCUUGAUGACAGUGCGUGCUAGAUUACAAGUGACAUUGUAUAAGGCAACAUUAUGUACGACAGACAUAUCCACACAAGCACCAGUAGUAGGG